AUGGAAGGACUGAAAGUUAAUCUUCUCCUUCCUCCUGAUCAAAGUUGUCACAAACACGAACAAAAGAGGAAUGAGGACGAGCCGCUAAUUGAAAAACAGAUUUGUGCUGUAAAUGAUAUGAACGAAGGAGAGAUGCGAGAAUUUGAAGUAGAAAAUCACAAAAUGCUGGUUAUCAAAAGCAAUGGGGAAUUCAGUGCCAUAGGUCACUUAUGUGCCCAUCUGGGAGCUCCAUUGGUCAAAGGAGUUCUCUCAAAUGGCAAAGUUCGAUGUCCUAGACACGGAGCUUGUUUUAAUAUAAAAACAGGAGAUAUCGAAGAGUACCCUACUCUUGAUGGCGUGCAGUCCUAUCAGGUUAAAAUUCAGGACAACAAUGUUAUAAUAUCUGCAUGUGCUGAAGCCCUAGAAACAAACAGGAGAACCCAAUUGAUGUUAGCCCCAGUAUCACUGAGUAAGAGAAUCAUCCUUAUUAUUGGUGGGGGUCCGGCCGCAUUGGUGUGCGCAGAAACCCUUCGCCAGCAAUUUUUCAAAGGACGCAUAAUAAUGGCGAUCAAAGAAAUCCAUUUGCCUUACGACCGGUCAAAACUUAGCAAGAGCCCGAACCUUGGCAUUAAAAGUCUUUUGCUUCGGCAACCAGAGUUUUUUUCCACUUAUGGCAUUGAGAUGAUGACAAACAUGGAGGUGGUAUCAGUGAACCCAAGUAAAAAGAGGGUUGGCUUCAUAGAUGGAACUUCCCAGCAAUAUAACGAUUUACUUCUGGCUCCGGGCUGCGUUGUUUUUAAAUACAGACCUCGUAAACUUUAUUGUCCGGGAGCAGAUCUAAAAAAUAUAUUUUCCUUGAGUACCCCUGAGGAAGCAAGAAAAAUUGAUAGAUUUUCAAAGGGGAAAGCCAUUGUCAUCGUGGGCGCCUCAUUCAUUGGAAUGGAGGUCGCGUGGUAUCUGAUGCACAAAGCCAAGUCUGUGACAGUGAUCGGAAAGAGGAAGGUCCCAUUUCAGGACGUGCUGGGGAUAGAUAUAGGCACGGCCAUAAUGAAGUUAAAGUCGCUUGUUUCUAAUUUGAAAUCCUUAACGUUACAGAGUCUUGAAGCUGAAAAUGUGAAGUUUUACAUGGAAAAUACUGUGAUUGAAUUCAGGGGACAGAAUAGACUGUUGGGAGCCGUUGUGCUUGAAGAUGGAGUGAUUCUAGCAGCACAAGUGUGUGUGGUGGGAAUAGGAGUGAAACCUGCAACAACCUUCCUUCAAAACAGUGGCAUCAGAACGGAUGUGAUGGGCCAAGUCAUCGUAAAUAAGAGCAUGGAGACCAAUGUUACCAAAGUGUUUGCGGCCGGAGAUGUGACCACCUUUCCACUACCGUUGAGAAACGACGAAGCAGUGAGCAUCCGACACUGGCAGAUAGCCCACUCACAUGGUCACGUGGCCGCUUUGAACAUGCUGAAGAAGAAGGCUAGCUUCCAUUCCGUGCCUUACUUCUGGUCAACCAUGUCAAAAAACAGCCUUCGAUAUGCAGGAUAUGGAGCUGGUUCUGAAGAAGUCAUAAUUCAUGGCAAUCUGGACGAACUGACAUUUGUUGCUUUCUACAUCAAAGGCAACAAUGUUAUUGCAGCUUGCAGUAUGAACUCUGACCCUGUUGUUUCCCAAGUGGCAGAGGUGCUAUCUUUAGGAAAGACCAUAUCAAAGGAGGAAGCAAGCCGUGCCGACAUGCCGUGGACUAAGAAGAUCUGAUGCAUUUCUCCACGCUUCAAGCAAAUCUUUUUAGAAAAAUGAUCUAAAGGAGG